UCAAAGGACAAUCUUCCUUUAAUUUUAUUUUUUAAAAAUGAGCCUAAUGUGGAUGCUGCACGGUGAUUACUCUGAAGAAAUCAGCACCGAGGAAGCCAUAAAGAUGUCACCCAGUUGCCGCAAGUGGCAGACGCUUUGCUGGUUUAUGCUCAAGGCGUUUGCUAUAUACAAAUAUUUUGCAGUGGACCAGAAAGCAACAUUUUGGAUAACCGUUGUUGUUUCGACGCCAAUAAUAAUAAUUUUUUUAUUGAUGCUAAAGUUGAAAGUUAUGACUAAGCGCACAACAAUGGAAUCAAUGAGCGAAGAAGCCACUGACUUAACAGCAUCCGUAUCCAAUAAAGGUAGCCCAUUAGGAUCGGAGGAGCUCUUAUCUGGCUCAUCAAAUUCGGAAGUUAGUCUUACCAAUCAUCACACCCACAAGAAAAGUUCGAAGACAAGUCUGUCGCCGGUGAUGGAAGCGUCGAAAAAACUUCAGGCCUACAUUGAGGCUAAACACCAAAAAUCUGAUUCGUACAAAGUCAACCAGAUACCAAUUUGGCGUUGGUGAUCUUUGAUAGAGCUGAUUGGAUUUGAUUUGCUUUGGUUAUUGUUAAAUUGUUAGAUU